AGUUAGUUGCUUUGUUUUUGUGCCCUAAUUCGGAUUUGAUUUGGUAACUCUUGUCCCCAAGAAAAUGAGAAAGAAAAUGAAGAAAUCACAAGAAGAAGAAGAAAAUUGUGGUGUCAUAUUCAUGUGCAAUGGCUCAACCAAACCCCAAUGUUAUCUUUACCGUGUUUUCGGGCUACCCAUGGCGCAACAACAAGUUGUCCUUCAGAUCAAACCGGGUGCCAAGCUUUUUCUUUACGACUUUGGUGUCAAGCUUCUUUAUGGUGUUUACGAGGCCACUUCAGUUGGGGCUCUCAACUUGGAACCCACUGCCUUUCAUGGCAAAUUCCCUGCCCAGGUCAAGUUUAAGAUUUUCAAGGAAUGUUUACCUCUUCCCGAGUGGGUUUUCAAAGCCGCAAUUAGAGACAACUACCAGGGUUCAAGGUUUAACCAACUACUUAGCAGUGCACAGGUGAAUGCUCUCAUCUCAUUGUUCCGCCCACUCCAUUCCACACCCCCUACUUAUAAUGGGCCGCUUCUUUCCAAUGUGGCAACACCCCAAGAAAGGUUCCACCAACAAACAACCAUUCUGCCUCGCUUACCUGGUGUUGCGGUGCACCAUGUUCCUCCAUCCCAGAUGCCUGCCGAUACUCGACUGAAACAAGUAGUUGCACCUCCACCGCAUGCUCAAUAUGUACCCCUCACAACCGUUCAACCUCCAAUGCAGCAGCAUAGACAUGUGGUGGAGCCGCCUGCUCUACCUCAUAACGCUGCUCUAUAUCACGAAGCAAGCGGACAAGUGUCAUACUUGCCUGAAAAGUCUUCUUCGGAUUUGCAAGAUCCAUAUCUGAGGUAUAAUCGUGAACUUGAGAUGGUUCAUAGGCAUUCUGUUGUAGAAUAUGCAAGUGACUACGGGAUUCCUCAGUUGCCAAAGCAGGGAGAGAAUGAGAAUAUCCCUCGUUCUAAUUAUGUGGCUGAAUAUGGUGGUCAACAUUUGCCAACUACGACCUCACAUAUUACUUUACACUCGCAUUCUUUGCCCCAAUCCUACGCACCAAUGACACCAUCACUUCCCGCUCAUCCACAAGUGGAGUUGCCAGUGUUUCAUGAACCUUAUUAUCCUACCUCAACCCAUGGGAAUCCGAGCCAGGUGUAUAAUGAUCCUCUGCAAAGGCUCUUACCUGGAAGUUCUGAGGCAAAUGUUGCAGCCCCUUCCCAUGUUUCAUUUGUUGGAGCAGCUCCAACUUACCUUUGAGUGGAAAGUGGAAAUUGUAACAGAACUGGUAUGGUUUUUUUUUUCUUUUUCUCUUGUAUGAUUCACAAAACACACACCUCAUGCAUGUAGUUAUGUACAUAUGGUAGGCAUGCCCUAUGCUCAGUGCCAUUUUUUAUUCUCGCUGGAAUAUAAACUUCAAGAAUUUUAGUGAGGCAGAGUAGAGAUACCCUUACUGGUAUGAAUACGGCAUUGCUAAGCUUCCAUGACCUGUUUUAUCAGUAUGCAUACACUCACUGCUGCAACUGUGUAUAGCUAUGACCUAUGUGGACUUUGGCCUCGUGAUCCUAAGAAAUGUGUUACAAACCAUCUUAACAUCUUGGUUGAUGAUUUGAAUUCGUAAUACCUGUAUCUCCAUCUUUGAUGGUUAUUAAGAGUUGGAUUCUAUUGACUAAUAAUUUGAUGAUGGAUACUAGAAUAAACUAUUUUCUUUGCCUUUA